CACACAGAAAAUACACCCGGAAAGAGGCAGAAACACACAUAACAAAUAACAGGGAGUGAGAAAACGGAUAAAAAAGGAGAUAAAACAGAGGAAAAAUGGAGAUAAAGUGCAGUGAGAGGGGGAGAAGUGUGAUAUUUUAGGCUCGUCUCCGCCCGCGUGACGUCAGAGGUAGCUGCAGUGAGGUCAGGCGAGGUCAGGACGGAGGCUGGGUCACGUGAGCGCGUCUGGGGGUGGGCAGGAGAGCCUCAGGGGAACUAGGGGGUGCCGGGAUGUACGGAGCCUCCCCCUGGGCACCCAAACCAGUAGCGGUGGAGUGAGGAAACCGUGCAGUGACCACCCCCCCUUCCCCCUCCUCCCUCCCUCCCUCUUGUGUGACCUUGACCCCACCCUCCCCCGCCCCCCCACCAUGACGGGGUCGCAUAGAGUGGUCCUACUGGCCUGUGGAUCCUUCAACCCCCCCACGAAUAUGCACCUCAGGAUGUUUGAAAUAGCGCGCGACUUCCUUCAUCGAACGACAAAUUACCAUGUUGUGGCUGGUCUGAUGUCCCCGGUGCAUGACAAGUAUGGCAAGGAGGGUCUGGUGAGCGCGACGGACCGGGUUCAGAUGCUGCGCCUGGCCCUCAACUCCUCAGCCUGGGUGCACGUCAGCGAGUGGGAGACACACCAGGACGAAUGGACGCCCACGCGGGAGGUUCUGCAAUACCACCAGAGUUUAAUUAAGUCCACCCUGCGCUCCGCCGCCAAACACACAUCACAACACCGGGGAAGGGAGUUAAUAGAUUCGAUGGUGAACGGCAACGUGGACCCGACGGUGAAGCGACAGCGCGUGGACGGCAGCACGGCCUGGCUGACGCACCUCUCAGGCUCCACCGACACUGUCACCAUCAAGCUGCUUUGUGGUGCUGACCUGUUGGAGUCCUUCGCCAAGCCGGGCCUGUGGAAGGAUGAGGAUAUUGAGGCGCUGGUCGGAAAGUUCGGUCUGGUGGUCAUCACGCGAGAAGGAAGCAACCCGUACAAGUUCAUCUACGAGUCCGAUGUGUUGACCCGGCACCAGCGCAACAUCCACAUCGUGACGGAGUGGAUCGCCAACGAGAUCUCCUCCACCAAGGUCCGUCGGGCCCUGCGGCGCGGCGACAGCGUCAAGUACUUGGUCCAGGAUGCCGUGAUUGACUACAUCUACAAGAACGCUCUCUUCGACACCCACAACAAUAAGUAUUUCUAUUCCCCGUUCAUGCUAACCCCGUCCCCUAACCUGGACACGGACGUCCUCCUCCCGCCCCCCAACUUCACGCUGGGGCAGGGGCAGGGGCGGUCCCGCGGCCUGCUGCUGGCCUCCCGCCACCACCCCAUCAGGAAGAGCAGCCUCUUCAGCGACCUGGACGACACCUCGCCGGGGGACUCCGUGGACGACGUGCCGGCGCACCACGCGCCGGCGCUGGCCCCCACGCACGCCCCGACGGUAAAGUCCUACCCCGGCGUGGCCAUGCCCGUGGCCCAGCGGCAGCACAAGGAGGUAGGUCAGGAGGCCAAGGAGCGCAGCCGCAUCAAGGCCGCCGAGACAGAGCCCUUCAGCAAGACCCGCCUGGCACCCUCCAAGUUCUUUGGUGAGUGCAGCACCGUGCCGCCGCGGGACAAGAAGGGCGCCUCCGAGGUGCCCUUCAUGAACUCCUCCCACAGCCUGGACGAGCUGGAGCUGACCUCCUCCCUCACCGUGGACUACCUCCACGACAAGCUGGCCUCCGCGCCGCAGUCCCGGGGCGCCUCCCCCUCCGCCCCCAAGCCCCUGCUGGCCAAGUCGCUCUCGGUGUCCCCCCGGGAGACGACAGCGGCGGGCAAGGCGGCCGCGGCGGCGGCGGCGGAGGGCCCGACCCCCCGCAAAGUGUUCACGUCACACAGCCGCUCCAAGUCCAGCGGCGCGCUGAAGCCUGAGAAGGCGUUUGAGCUGGCCCAGUCAGCGAGGGACGACAUCUCCCUCAUCCAGCGGGACACCGGCCUGCUGUCCCUCGGCACCUCCAACAUGUACGAGCUGCUGUCCAAGAAGACGCACGUGUCCCCCAGCCACACGGAGAUGUGCCUCACUUACAUGCCUAAGAAGGCUGAGCCGCAGCCGCCGCCGCAGCAGCAGCAGCAGCCCGUUGCCUGGGAGCGCUCCCGCGGCCACCGCCACGGCGAACACCUCUUCACCUCGCGCUCCCUGGAGCGCCCCUCCACCCCCAAGCACAACAAGCACCUGUCCUCCAUCCACAAGGUGUCCUCGCUGCCGCUGCAGCAGACACGGGAUCGCUCCCCGAGCCCCGUGCGCACCCAGACGCAAUGGCGCCUGGAGCGGCAGUACGCGCAGUUCACGCGUGACAACACCUGUGACGUGAAGGACGUGGAGGUGGGGGGUAUGGGUGUGGGCGUGGGCGUGGGUGGCGGCGGCCUGGGCGGGGGGCUGAGUGUGGGCGGCGGGGGGGUGGGGGGCCUGCGCCGCACCCUCACCCACGAGGAGGAGAUCAACCUCAUCAUCUCUGGGGACUCCAAAUUCCUGACCAAGCUUAAAUCCCCGGAGACGUACGCGCCGCCGGAGCUGCCCGCCAGCGACGGGCUGCUGCUGCCGCAGAAGGAGUACGAGAUGAAGUUUUGACUUACUGGGCUGAUCAUCGUCGCUUGCCUCGUGGUGAUCUCCCUGUACGGCGCCGGCUACUACUACUGGGUGACCCGCCUUGUGCCCGCCUAGGCCAGGCCGGGCCGGGCCGGCACGCUCCCCGUUGCUCAUUACCUAAGCGUUUCCGACACUCUGGGCCGCUGCGGUCCAUCCUGAAUGUGUGCGUCUGGGCUUUUAUAUUGCAAGCAUGUGUGCGUGCGUGGAUGUGUGUGUGUGUGCGUGUGUGUGGAUGUGUGUGCCGUGUCACCUCUCCUCGGGGGGCGGGGGCGUUGUCUCCCCGGGGCACUCGGCACGUGACGAGGGGGCGGGGCGGGACGCGACACACCCGACACACCCCCUCACGGACCCUCACGGCGGGCCGACCCACCACAGCCGACACUGACGGAGAGAGAGAGAGAGAGAGAGAGAGAGAGAGAGAGAGAGAGAGAGAGAGAGAGAGAGAGAGCAUGCAUCUAGUCUGUGGUGGCGGCAACCGACACAAGACGCAACAGCAGACUAUAACGAGAACAAUAACAACAACAACAACACCAGGACAACACCAAACCCUCACCCACUCAUGCACUCAACUGCCAUGUUUGUAACCUAACAGACCAAGGCCGGGAGGGGAGGAGGAGCACCCCCACACCCCCUCCCCCCCGCUGCUCCUCCCCCCCCUCCGCCCUGCAGUAGCCUGACAUAGAUGUUCGUGUGUUUGUUUCCCUAUAAGACGCCCGGUGGUGUGACUCUUAUGGGACACUCAAGGAGCCACACCCACAACGCCGGGAGGAUAGUGAUCAUAACAAGGGUGAUAGUAUGGAGGGUUGUGAUGAUAGUACAGAGGGUGACAAUAAUAGCUAAGUCUAUAUACACCAAGUCAAGUCAUACGCAGGUUUGUGGGAGGAGACGGCCGAGGCGUGGCUUAUACGUGACACUGCUUGGAGCCAAACUAGAGAAUGUAGAAACAGGGAUUUAGAGAAAACGAGAAAAGGCGGACUAAUUUAAAUCAAUCACUUCAACAUGCCCUCUCUCACACCCCACACCGACGUUUGUAGUCAUUGAAAUUACAGUCAUGCAAUAGCACAAUAAAAAAAACAUAUUUUUUCGGCAGUGGCUUGCCUGAACGCGCUGUGAAAGAAGGCGAGAAUGUACAUCCAGAGUGCACACACGGCCGCAACUUAAGUCACCCCUGAACUGGCGGGUUUUUUUUUUUUUUUUUUUUUUUUUUUUUUUGGAUCCAAGUGACGUCAUCCCGCUGCUCCGCCCCAAAACCGCCUCCUGCGCGUACCGGUCGCAGUUUUGAAGCAGGGUGACUUGACUUGGUGUAUAUAGACUUAGAACAAUUGUACAGUGAUAAUGAUGCUACGGAGGGUGACGACGGGUGGUAAUGACGAUAGUAACGGGUGAUUAGGGUGAUUGCUUGCAGUGAUAAGGAUGA